CCGACUUUCUGGCUACAGCUUUUCAAAAGAAGGAAGUCAAGAUGAAGAGCCAUUUGCUUCUCUGGGGCGUCCUGGCCAUUUUUGUUCAGGCUGUUCUUGUCACAGCCCAAGGUGACGACGAGAGCACUGUUCUUGUUGACAACAAAUGCCAGUGUGUCCGCAUCACUUCCAGGAUCAUCCGUAAUCCCGAAAACCCCAGUGAGGACAUUGUGGAGAGAAACAUCAGAAUUAUCGUUCCUCUGAACACCAGGGAGAAUAUCUCUGAUCCCACCUCACCACUGAGAACCGAAUUCAAGUAUAAUUUGGCUAACCUCUGUAAAAAAUGUGAUCCUACGGAAAUAGAGCUGGACAAUCAGGUGUUUACUGCUAGCCAGAGCAACAUCUGUCCCGAAGACGAUUAUUCCGAGACCUGUUACACUUACGACAGAAACAAGUGCUACACAACUUUGGUCCCAAUUGUUCAUAGGGGUGUGACCAGAAUGGUGAAGGCAACCUUGACCCCGGAUUCCUGCUAUUCUGACUAACUCAAGGGGUCGCUGACAAUGCACGACUCUUGAGAUGCUCUCCUUUUUGAUCCAAAAUGUUAAUAAAUUUACUACCAAUGAAUUUGAAAGCAAGAUUUAUUUUUUUAGGUAUUGUAAAACUACCCCCCUCUCCCCAAGGUAAUUGAAUUAAUACCAUUGCUAUCUUUAUUAGGUAAUUACUCCUGAACCACAUGCUCCUACUUUUAAGCAUUAAAAUCUGUCAAUCAUCAUGUUUGUCUGAAAGGGUAUGCCUCCUUCAGAAAAUGGUUUCUAGCAUUUCAAAAAAUACACAAAGGGAGAAAAUGAAACUCAAGAAGUAAAAGUCAGGAGGCAUAGUUAAAUGUUGCACCCACCUCUCUUUGUUUUUGCAUUUGCCUUUGCCUAGGAGAGCCAGAGCUUUGCCCGUUCCCUGCUAUUCUCUUUAAAAACUUUUCACUGUGUAGAGAAAAUGUAUGUGUGGUUAUGGGUCCAUUAAUUGUCUUUCUGAGAAAAAUAAUUAUCGCAAAACAUAUUUUGGAACUAUUUGUAAAAAUAAUUUAAAAUGAGAUCACUAAUGUUUAUGAAACCAAUUAACCAAAAGUGAUGUAAUUAAAUGCAUAAUUGAAAAUGAUAUUUUGACUUCACAGGCAGACUUAGCAGCAGAUGAUACGGAUUUUUAUUUUUAUGGACAAUUUUUGUUUUGAUAAUCAUGUUACUGUAAGAAAUUCCUAUUGGAAAUCAUCUCUGUUGUAUCCAAAUCUAAGUAUGUAUCCCAACAUAUGUAUUCUCUUACACAGUUGAACAAUUAAAUAGAUUUAUAAGCAUA